UUAUUAUUGUUUACAAUUCGAGAGAGUGAUCUGCUCGCGGCGUCCAACAUUUUCUUGCGUUUCCCUUGAAAGUUAAAUAUUUUACACUUUAAAAUAAGAUAAAUAAGCGCUUAACAAUGGCUACGCCUAAUUUUGAAUUCCUUCUCAAUCUAUUCACGGACACCCUAAACAAGGCGUACAAAGUGAACGAAAUCGACCAGCUCAAAGCGGAAUACGACGGACAGAAGGGUUGCAGCGAUAACGAUAAGAAAGCGGCCCUGCAUCAAGCAUUCCGAAAUCUGCUGCUAACGAAGACGGAUGACAUUCCGGCGAUCGAAGGUUUCAUCAACUUUGCAGUUGGAGCAUGUCGCUUGGAAAUGACUUCGGCGACGAUUCCGGUUGUUCUGUUGGGCGACAUUUUCGAUGCCGUAACGCUGGACAAAUGCGAACAAAUUUUCACCUACGUGGAGAACAACGUGGCCACGUGGAAGGAGGACCUGUUCUUUACCGCUUGUAAGCACAAUUUGCUGCGUAUGUGCAACGAUCUGUUGCGGCGGUUGUCUCGUUCGCAGAAUACGGUUUUCUGCGGAAGGAUUCUACUGUUUUUGGCCAAAUUCUUCCCAUUUAGCGAGAGGUCUGGGCUGAACAUCAUUUCGGAGUUUAAUCUGGAAAAUGUGACGGAGUACGGUGUGGAUGGAAGUGAGAUGGGCGACCAAUUGGAUGGAUUGGAGGAAAAUGGUUCGGGAAGCCAGUUGAAGAUUGAUUAUAACUUAUAUUGCAAGUUUUGGGCUCUGCAAGACUUCUUCCGGAAUCCGAAUCAGUGCUAUAACAAGGUGCAGUGGAAGAUGUUUGCAGCGCAUGCCGGAAGUGUUCUGUCCGCUUUCAGCAGUUUCAAAUUGGAAGAACAUCGUUCGUCUUCCAAUACUAAUGCAUCCGGCAGCAAGUCAAGCCCCACACCAAUGGAUAUUCCACCAGAAGAGCAGAUCCGUGAUUCUGGCCACUUUUUCGCUAAAUUUCUUACUAAUCCAAAGCUGCUUUCGCUGCAGCUGUCGGAUUCAAACUUUCGUCGAUCAGUGCUAGUACAAUUGCUGAUUCUGUUCCAGUAUCUUAAUUCUACCGUCAAGUUCAAAGCCGACAAUCAUUUGCUCACGCAAGUCCAAAUCGACUGGCUGCGGGACACGGAGAUAACUGUUUACAAGCUAAUCGAGGAAUCGCCACCAAAUGGGAAGAAGUUUGCUGAUUCAGUGCGCCACAUGUUGGCUCGCGAAGAACUAUGGAACAGCUGGAAAAACGAAGGCUGCAAAGAAUUUAAACGCCCAGAAGCGGCUUCCGCUUCGGGGGCUGCUGUCACAGCAAAUGCCUCCGUCGAAGAUCCUUCUCCGCCGGUUCGGCUACCCCAGAAGCGCCAUCGCAAGCCUCUCGGCGACCUGAUACGAGAUUCUACCAAGCAGGGUAAAUUUUUCAUGGGCAAUCCCGAGCUAACCCGUUUGUGGAACACAUGUCCGGAUAAUUUGCAGGCCUGUAAAGGGGAAGAUCGCAACUUUCUACCUUCUUUGGAAGCCUAUCUGGAUGGUUCCAAGGCAAAACAGGAUCCUUCAUUCGAAUGGAGAGCCCUGAGAUUGCUUGCUCGACAGUCACCGCAUUUUUUCACACUAUUCAACAGCCCUUCGUACAAGGUGGCUGACUAUCUGGAAAGUGUCAGGAAGAAGAUUCAGAAGGACAAAGUGGACGUUAAGCAGCAGGUGGUACAGGAUGACAUUCCGUCACAGAACGAUAACGACCAGAAUGAAGCAGAAGGUGAGGCAUUCGUCGGCGAAGAAGAAACAGAUCAGAUGGACUCGGAGCUGCUCAAAACGGAACAGCUCACUCCGGAGGACAAGAACACCCAUAAAACCAUCACCGUGACAAAGGCGCAGAUGGUUGAGCUAGCGCCUAGCAUUGGGAAGGAUUGGAAAAAGCUUGCCACCAAACUCGGAUACAAUAGCGAUGAAAUUCAGUACUUUGAGUCGGAGAAUGCAACCGUCGGGGAUCAGUGUCGGCACUUGUUGCAAGUGUGGUUCGAAGACGACAUGGAUGCCAGCUUAGAUCAACUGGCUUAUAUUCUGGAGGGACUGGAAAUGCUGACCGCAGCCGAAGCAGUCAAACAGAUGAUUGCCUCGCUCAGUGAUGACAAGGUCGAAGAAGUUUCUGAUGAGUAGGGUAAGUUCGAGAUUUUCAAGUAGAAUUAGAAAAUAUAAAUCAAAGCCAAUUUUAUGUGGAUAUACAACCCGAGGACAGCUUCAUAUUCGUGGUAUAUCACAUCCCGUACGUGAG